AUGCCUCAGAUGCCGCAACAGCAGAUGCCGCAACAGCAGAUGCCUCAGCAGCCCAUGCCCCAGAUGCCCCAGAUGCCCCAGAUGCCUCAGAUGCAACAGCCCCAGAUGCCUCCUCAGCAGAGACCACCGCCCAUGAUGAACGGCCAUCAACCGUUCCUUGCGCACAUGAACGGCCCUCACAUGGCCCCCGGUAACCCAAACAUGGCCGCACGGCCGCCGCCCGUCCAGCGACAACCGCCAGAACGCCGGGCCAAGCACUCCGUCGAGAUCUCGGACCUGAGUCUCAAGAACGAGACCGAAGUCGACGCUCGCCAGAAGCUCUCCAGCAUCGUCGUCAUUCGCCACGAGAAGUUUGCCAACCCCAACGAGCUGGACGAGGAAGGAUAUCCCGUCACGCCGUCGUGGGAACGCGUGACGCGCACAGAAGAGGCCGACAUCCCGCAGCAGGAGGCCAAGCGAAAGAUCCGCGAGCUGGCCAAGGAAGGCUCCGUGGUCGAUAAGAAGGCCGAGCUCCACCAGUACAUCCAGCGCCAGCUCGAGGAGACCCAGGCUCGCCUUGAGGAGAAAGACCCAGACUCCCGCUAUCAGUACGUCUUGGUCCAGCUAGACUGGAAGAUCAAAAAAAUCGACGAGAGCUCCGUGUACUACAAGACGGAGAAGAAGAGCAAGGACAGGGACAAGAAGGACAAGAAGGAUGGCAAGAAGAGCAAGAAGGACAAGGAGUACAAGAUUGAGAUAACAAAGUCCAAGUCCAAGUCCAAAUCCAAGUCCAAGACCCGGAAGGAGCGCAUCUCUGUCACGGCGUACUUCAAAAGGACCCCCAGAGACAACGAGAACGCGCUCAAGAUGCUGGACGAGAUCCGAAAGUCCAAGAAGCCGCAGCCACAGGUCCAGCCGCAUCAGCAGCAACAACAACAGCAACAGCAACAGCAGCAGCGGCCUGCCGCCAUCCCCCACCCCAACAUGGGCCAGGGCCCUCUCAUGGGUCAGCCCAUGCCUCAUUUCCCACCACAGCAGCAUCAACACCAGCAGGCUCAGCCGCCGCCGCAGGCGAUGCCACAAAUGCCUCCUGUGCCACCCAUGAACCAUCAGCCACGGCCGCAGCAGCCGCCCAUGGGCUUCCCGAUGGGAGGCCAGCCCGUCGGUCAGCAACCCGUCGGCGGCGGGCACAUGGGCGGGCAGCCGUUUGUGGGACAGCCCAUGGGCGGGCAGCCGGCUGGACCGCGACCGGGACAUGUCGGCGGACAGGGCCAGCAGGGCCGAGGCGCAAACAUCGAAGUCGUGCCGCCAGCCGGCAAAGGCCUCAAGCUGUACUUUGGGUCAUCGCCCCGCGAUUCAAGGAGCUCCUUCACUUCCGACGACGGCUGGGACUCGGACGGGAGCGAGUACAUGACGCCGGAGUCGUCCAUUGGAUCCAGUUCCCGCCGCUCUCAUCGUGGAAGGUACAGGAGCCGCAGCCGUCACCGCCAGCGCGAGCGGCCAGAGUGCUUUGGUCUCGAGGUGCCUCGUCGUCACUCGAAGCGGGACGUCGAUUACAUCACCGCCGGCGCCUCCAACAGAGAGCCGGCCUCCCCCGGUCCCAAGGCACUCACGCCGGCGCUAGACGUCGACAGGCUGCUCGAGCAGGCAUAUCGAAGCGGCCGAGAGGAUGAGGCCACACGCGGUUCGCUUCGGCCCAAGGUCAUCCAGGCAGGGUCCCCCAUCUUCCGUCGGCUGCCAGAACACGAGGCUCGGCGAGAGGUCUUUGCGGACGACCUUGACAGGAUGGGAGACGACCUGUACCGGACCAGGCUGGACGAUGAGAUCCGGCAGAGUCGGGACCUGCGCCGGAUGCAAGAGGCCCAGUACGAGCGGCAGCGAGACGACCUGGAACGCGACCGAAGAAUGCAAGACAGGCUCGGGCGAUAUGACCCAAUGGACAGGAUCCCCCGGGCAGCCGUUGACGGACGGGACUACCUGCGCUACAGGGACGACUUCCGCGAGUCGCGGGUUGUCGAGCCCAGCAAUCCCUUCCGCAGGUCGGCAUCUUAUUACGUCGCGCGCUCACGGUAAUUGGGGAAAGAAAGGUCAGGCCCUCGUCCCGGGCCGAUGAAUCUGUAAUAUGUUUUUCUCUUUGAGGGGGCGGGGCAGCAGUCGCGGCGAAGAGUUUGAAGAGGCAUGGCGCACUGCUUGACAGAGUGUUGAAUGGGGGCUUGGGUCUGCUUUUGCCGCUUUGACACGAUAUACACGCUGAAUACGGGGAGGGGAUCAGUAUCACCACCACUAUACCACCAGGUUUAUGUACUUGGCACAGCCGGUUUCUACCUGUCUUGGGUCUUUUUUCUUUGUUUGUGCUCUCUCUUAGAACUUAAUCAAUGGAGCGAUUCAAUGCG